AUCAUCAUCAUCAUCAUUUUAACCGUCAGCUUUUGGGAACCCCCCGUUCAUUCCUCUGGUCCCAGCCGUUCACUUCAAAAUGGAUGAGGAAAGCAUGGUCAGUGAAGAUGAACACGAAACUAGUUCCGAAAGUGAUGAACCCGAAACUAUUACCGAAAGCGGGCCCCCACGGGAAUUGACCACCGGUGGAAGCUGGAAAAGAGUAGCUGUCAUAUGGGCUGCGCUCUUAUUGGCGGUAGCCGGAGUGUUCCUAGUGCUUCACUUGAUCCACACGGAGUCCGAAUUAGAGGUUGCUGACGAAAGCGCCCGUGGCGGCGAACAGUCGUCGGAGCCAUCGUCCGACCGGCAAGGUACUUCAAUGCGUACCACCAUGUUGUCGGGAAGUCCUACUAACGAGUCACCUUCAACAAUGGAGACAGAGCCAGAGAGCUCAGCACCGGACACCCCAAUCAGCACAGUGGAAACAACUUCAACUACACCAUCUACAACAAACAUGGCGACGACAACAGAGGAGACAACAGAGAACAUAACGUUCCCUCUCUCAGAUUUCAAGAAGACGGCGGUGAUCUGCGUAUACGGUGGAUACUUGGAUUACUCGUUCAGCUUUCCGGACUACCACCUGUGCGACCUCACGGUGUUCGACUCGCUGUACAAGAACUCCCGCAAUUUUUUCGACGGCAGAUGCGGCGCCGACCUUGCGUACUUCCGCAACAGCUCGGAGAGCAUGGUGAUACGUGAGGCUGGCGUAUCAAUCGACUACAAGAGUUACAGUUUGAUCGGAAGGCUUGUAUAUAGAAACUCGAUUAGCCACCAUACUGGUGCCUCCAAGUACAUUGAUGAUUUUUGGAAAGACCGCAUCUAUCACUACGGCAUGAUCGACAUCACUCCAUACAAGGGCAUGACUGAAGACAGACUGCUGACUUCCGUUAAGGUCUUCAAGGAAUUUCACAAACUGGUGAGGCGCUACGCGGAAGGCAAGAACCAAAGCACGUUGACCUUCUUCGGCUUCACCCCUUCAAGCCAGGAGUGGAUCGAAGCCAUUCCUUCGAUAUUGAGAACGUUCACGCCGGACCUCUUCGUGUUCCGCGGCCACAAUUCUCCCGCGACCCGCAGACAGACCUCCUGCACAAUAUUCCCGCAGAACGCCAUUAUCGACAUGCCGGGCCUCCCAAUUUCUUUGACGACAGCGCACAGAAUCAUGAGCAAGGUGGCGACCGAACGAGAAGGAAACGCGCCUGCGUGGGCUGUGUCUGUGACCGCAGCAGGGCGCUGGUACCAGCUGAAUAAUGACUCCAGCCAAAGUGACUACAACCUUUAUAAAGAAUGUAGGAGGCUGCCCGCCAAUGUGACACAGCUCGGGAGCAUAAAAGAGGUGUGCAACAACUCAAAGUAUGUUCUCAGCGAAUACAUGGAUGAUCGCACUGGUUACGCGUACAGCAAUGACGACGGGCUCAUCAUGACGUACGAUACAUCCGACACGCUGCGUCAGAAGCUUUGUAGGCAAAAGGAAAACCUGACCCACAUCGUCUACGGGAUCGCGGUGUUCGACCUCGAACACGAGGACGACUCUGACCUUUGCUCGUCCGGCUCCUACAGCCGCCUCAAAGCGGCGAGAUCCUUGGCUGAAUUCUUCGAAAACAAGUUCAACACAACCUCCGACCUGACAGACUGCCUAAAUGUCGAAAACAAGUGACUGUGCAUACAGACCCAUGGGUGCGGUCUCCUGGUUCUCAAUUCUACAUUCAGCGCUGAUUCAUAUGCAAAUAAUGGUGCUCACGCAUUUUCUCAUGAUUCAUCAAGGUCGAAAGAAGUCCCACGCCUUCGUACGUGUCGACUUUCUUUAGAACAGGCAGUAUUUUAACUCGUAAAGCGACAUUAAAGAGCAAUCAAUGCGGUC